AUGGAACAUCAAUUUUUUCAAAGGAUCCCUAGUUUACAGAUUAUCAUAUGUCGUUGCUGCAAAUAUGGUGUGCACCCCAAGGAGGUAGCCGCGCAUCUGCGGGUUAAGCAUUCCAUCAAGCCCCAGGAGUGUACGCAGGUGGCCGAGGCAAUCCAGCAGUGGGAUAAUGUGAUGCAGGAACCCCACGCUGUCCAGAUCCCCCGGAUGCUGCAGAAUCCAUUACCCGGGAUUGAACUGUACAUGAACGGCAUGCAGUGCCAGCAGGACCCUGAACAUUGCCAGUACAUCACCACCCAUAUCAAAAGUAUGCGGAAACACUGGCAGCAGGUCCAUGGAUGGACCCAGCAUCGCCAUAGCGGGUUUGUCAGUCGCCAGGAGCGGGAACAGGGCAUGGCUAGUUUCCAGCAGUCAUUCCGCAUGGUAGCAUGGCAGCAGGUAUUCCCAUCGCGGAAGAACUCCCAUUUAGUGCAUAUUCGAUCCUGCGACCCCGAGCCCGUGGAACCACCCACCCCCAGCACUGACCGGGAGGCCAUGGUAGCCGAGAUCAAGGCCCAGGCAGCAGCUGAUGACGAGGCCGCUGCUAACCAGGUGAUCCAGGCCGGGGAGCUGCAGGAUGCUAACCCAUGGCUGCGGCGGACCCGGUGGGCGCGGUAUCUGGCUGAGGUACACCCGCAGGACCUUCUGGACGUGGUGGCCACGCCGGGAGCAGACGAGAUGGACGAGACCAGCCAGGCCAUGCGGGUGAUCUGGGAUACUAUGGAACAGUUAGCCCGCCGCAGCCAGCGGACCGUGCAGCACUGCGGGAGCGGGAUCCGCAUGGCCGCGAUCUGCACCAUGCCGGGGCAGACCCCCCACACGCCGCUGCAGGCGUACAUGGAUGAAAAGAGCAUCCAGGACCAUGUGCGGCCAUGGCAGCAGAUAUUAAUAUUCAUCGCGCGCACCCAGACCCAGUGGCCAUGGCAGGGGAAGGAGCCCCGAUAUAUCAUGACCAGCCGGCAGCGGAAGACCUGGCAACGGCUGUGGCAGGCGGCCAUGCAGGUGGUGCAUGGGGCUGUGGCAUCCCCCGUCCCGGACGACAGCCGCGCCAGCCCCGAUCCCAUGGAGGAUCCAGCUGAGGAGAGUUCCGGGUUCAGGGUUAGGGUUGCCGGGUUUGUCAUGACCCGGGUAGAAACAGCAUGCUUGGAGUUUUGCAUUGAGCUGUUAAACCAGAAGAUCCAGGUUCAUGAAUAUGAGAGUGCACUGGUAUGCAGUAUGGCCGUGCUCGGACGGGGGAUCAAGACGUGGCUGGAUCCGGAUAGCUACCCCCCGAUCAUUUCACGGGUGUUGAAGGUGGCGCGGUUCAUGGUCGUGCAGAAGGCAUUAUGGCUGGAUCCCCAGCCCAUGGCGAUUAUCGAGAUGUGGGCGGGGCAGGCCGAACAGGGCUCCUGGACCGGGGAUGCCGCGGACGAUGAUUUGGGAUUGAUCAUGGAGGAUGAAGGGUUCGCGGAGGGUACAGGUGGGGGCCCGAUCCCGUCAUCCCCACCGUUGUCCAUCCACAGCCAAGAUGCUGCCCCCAUCAGCCGGAUGUCCCGCCAGGGCCGCAUGCCGUUCCAGACCGGGGUUGAUAUCAUGGUGGGUAAGUUCAUGGUCCGGGGCCAACACGGGCCGGUGGAGGUGUUGUUAGACUGGCGGACAUACAGGCUCAAGGUCCAUUACAACACCACGGCCCCCGGCCAUGUGACCUGGAUGGGCACGGAGCGGUUGCUGUACAAGAACCUGGAUUUUACCAUGGGCCAGUUCCGCGGGAUGGUGCACGGGCUGGUCCAGGCCGCGCGGGGAUUACUGGGAGGGCUGCUGUGUGAGCCCGAACCCCGCCAGUGGCCGGCGAUCCCAUGGGACGGGUUAUUUGAUAAUCCCACCGAAGCCACGCCGGGAACCCGCGGUGGCCCGGGCAUUCGUCACCCAGGGGGGCUCAGCGCCAGCAAGGCCACCAAGUACUUCCAGCAGGUGGCCCGGUUUAAGGAGAAGCUGGCGGUGGCCCAUGUCAACACCGACACCAACAUGCGCCGCAAUAUAUAUAUUGAAGAUGGGAUGGUGGUGUUCGUGUCCGCAUACCACAAGGGGUUUUAUAGCAGUAAUGACGUGAAGAUCAUCCAUCGAUAUUUACCCCGGGCCGUGGGUGAAUUAGUGGUUUGGUAUUUAUGGCUGGUGUUGCCAUUCCUGCGGCAGCUGGCCGUGAGCUGGGGGCGGACGGUGGAACCCGGGACUGAAUCCCAACCCCACCACCGCAGUCCAUAUUUAUGGGGACCGGACGUGGGCAGCGGACGGACGUGGACGAGCGAGCGGUUCCGGGAGGCAUUGAAGCAGGCCAGCCAGACCGGGCUGGGGUUAGGGUUCGGGUUCAACGUGGCGAAUUACCGGGACAUCGCGGUGGGCAUCAGCCGGCGGUUUUUGCGGGGAUCCAGCGCGUUCCCGGACAACAUCCAAACCGAGCGGCAGCAGGAGCUGACAGCCAUUGCCGCCGAUACCGACCCCGAUGACGGGAUCGGGGAUAUUGCAGACGAGCAGGCCGGGCAUAGCACCCACGUGGCCGGGAUGGUAUAUGGGCGGGAAAGCAUGGAAUUCGCCGGGAGCACGACGGUGCGGCGGUUGAAGUUCCGGGCAUCCAGCAUGGAUUGGCAUCAGUUUUUAGGGUUUACCGCGGAAACCCCCACGGUGCUGGGGAAACGGGUCAACCCAUGGGAGGCGCAGGCCGCGGAUCACCAGGCCCGGCGGCGGACGCAGCUGCAGGCCACGGACAUGGAGGCCGCACUGCAGCGGAUGACCGGACAGGGGGAGAUACAGUUCCGGGGCGUGCAGCAACCGGCCAUCCAGGCCAUCCAGGAUGGGGCCAGCCCGGUGGUGGCGGUGAUGCCCACCGGGGGCGGGAAAAGCAUGUUAUUCAUGUUGCCCGCGUUCGUGGCCCCGGGGGGUGUACCAUCGUGGUGGUCCCGUUAG